CUUGACCGAUAGAUGUUAUUAUCCCGAGCGAGCGAGCGAGCGGGUGUCAUCAGUGCGGUGACCCGGAUGUCUCCUCUCGUCUGAUCCUCUUAUCAGCGACAAGGGGACCGAGAUGGAUGUUGUUAACCAGUUGGUCGCCACAGGGCAGUUCACAAUCAUCAAGCAGCCAUUAGGAUUCAUUAAAGUCUUACAAUGGUUCUUCGCCAUCUUUGCGUUCUCCACCUGUGGCGGUUACUCUGGAGUGUUUCGUCUGAGCGUGGAGUGUAAGAACCGCACAGAAAGUGACCUGAACAUUGAGGUUGAGUUUCAGUACCCGUUCAGACUGCACCAGGUAUGGUUUGAUGCUCCUUCAUGUAAAGGGCCGGAACCUGAACGUCUCUUUCUGGUGGGAGACAACUCUUCCUCUGCUGAGUUCUUUGUCACCAUUGGUGUCUUUUCCUUCCUUUAUACAAUGGCAGCCAUGUCCGUGUACAUCUUCCUCCUGGAGAAGUACCACGAGGGAAACAAAGGAGCUCAGGCUGAUUUUGUGGUGACAGCUAUUUUUACCUUCAUGUGGUUGGUAAGUUCAGCGGCGUGGGCCAAAGGUCUCUCGGAUGUCAAGAGGGCAACUGACCCAGAUGAGGUCAUCAACCUUAUCGAUGCAUGUGAUCGUGAGGAAAACCGCUGCAAAGAAAUCCAUGAGCCUGUGGUUUCCGGCCUAAACACAUCUGUGGCGUUUGGGUUCUGUAAUGUGGUGCUAUGGGCAGGGAACCUGUGGUUCGUCUUCAAGGAAACCGGUUGGCUUGCAGCCUUUGCUGGCACUUACGCACCCUCUGGAGAGAAGCAGCCAGCACCAGACUCCUUCGGCCAGGGCUAUGGACAAGAAGGUUAUGGACAGGACCCUUACGCUGGCUCUCAGGGCGGUUACCAGCCCGAAUACAGCCAACAGGGCGAAGGUGGCGGUUACAACCAAGGAGUGUAUGGUCAGGGUGAGCCCACCUCCUUCUCCAAUGAGAUGUGAGCCCGCCUCUGCUGGCUGAAGCUCUGUACUGAUCACCGCAAGAGGACGUCGUGUGAUCAGCCAGCAUGGAAACUACUAGCUAUGUCUUUCCACUGUCUUCAGUUGGUUUUAAGGGAAGGGGGUGGGUGGUAUUAAAACACAUAUAAGAAAUAUUUUCAGGGUUGAUUUUAACAUCAUAACCAAGAGGAAACAGUUGGGACCUAUGAGGAAGUGAGACCCUAAUUUCAACGUACUAUUUAUUACAUGGAAUCUAGCUGGAGAAUAUCCAUCCUAUUAUAAUGAGGAAAAACUUGAAUAUGCUACCAAAAAAAAUUUAAUAAAUAUGAAUGAAACCUAUGAUGUAUAUGCCAUGUACGGGGAGCCGUUUGAAUGAAUUAUAGUAAUAUUAAACUGAAUGUGUUUUUCUGUGGUGUAAAUAUGAAUUAGAUAUACUUAUUGUUGCUUUUUCUGUGAUUUGUAGUCCCCACAUUUGUUUUUAUUUCCCCUAUAUCUCACCACCUAAACCUUCAACCUCCGACUCAAUGUUUUUUCUUUCUUUUUUAUUUGUGUGAAACAUUUGAAAGGUUCAUAAGAACACAAAGAUUAAGUAGUAUAAAACUUCUGUAUUGGUCAAGUGUUAACAAAAGUAGGCAUAGAUAAAACCGCGUAGGGAGAGAAACCGAGUAACGGAAAAGCUUAAGAACAAAGCGAAACAGAAAGUACAGGCCAUAUUUUUUCAAAAUUUGAACAAAUGAUGCGCAUGCACGACAUAUAUUUCCUUUUAUGUUUUGGUUAUAUGUCCAAACUUUUAUAAGCUAAAGCACAAAUAUAUUUUCGGUGCUAUAAAAACGGCUUGUAGGACAACUUCACUUCAGUCACGGGUGCUUUAGGUCUUGAUUGUUUUGUUUUUCUAGUUGUGUGAAACGCCACUGAUGCUCUUAUUCAGACAUGAGUGUGAAUGACCCCUUUAGAUUCUUUCUGAAAAGAUUUCCAUGUGUUUUGGCUCUUUGUUCAGACUGAUAUGUAUUUUAUGCUGUCUCUCUCUCUCUCACUGCCUUUACAUGAAGGUCCAUAUUGCUUUCUUUCUCUCCCUCAUUAUAUCAUAUGAUAAUGCUAAAUAAAAUAAUGUUAGAGAAUGACGAGUGAUGACA